CUGCCAUGUUCCCGUCUUGUUACUCCAAACCUGCGGACAGCGGCAGUAAGAGGAGCUCCAUCGCUAAGCUGCUGCUCGGGGUGUUUGUGGUUUACAUGCUCCACACCGCCUGGCUGUUGUACGGUUUCCUAAACACCAAAUCCUGCGAUGGAGGCAGAGAAGAGCACUGCAUCACCUCCUAUCUGGCAGCCAGACCCAGACUACAGAUGAGUGUUUUUACCUGUCUCGUGCCAGACAACAGCCCCCUUGAGCUCGCUGUAAAAAUAGACCCGUUCGACCCUCACUCGAGAUUUGAGAGAAGGGUGCAUGUCUCUCUGCCAGGAGAGACUCGGGCUAAUGGCACCCUCUUUGCAGUUGUUUAUGUGCACAAGGCUGGCGUUUCACCUUUGGAGGACAGCAGAGAGGUCCACUAUGCAGUCCAACUCACCACCUACAUCACCCCCUCACGCACCGACGUCCAGAAAGACAAGGAGAAGAAGCCGAGACCUGAGAACCCUGUAUCCCACUGGAGACCCCACCUGUCACUCACUGUCAUGUCAGAGGACUUCACCUUCACGAAGGCUGGGCUUCCCAGUGACGUGCGCCGCUACAUGAGAGUCUCUCAGGAAGGCAGACAGAUGAUGUACCUCCCUCUGCUGAUGGUUAAUGAGCUCGACUUCAGAGUCAGAGACCUCAUGGAGAUCAGCAGCGGCACCGUUCAGCUCCCUCUCACUGUGUCCUAUGAGGGAAUCUCUCUAAGAGGAUUCAGGUUUUGGGUCCACCUACAGGACAUGGUUUAUUCCCUGCAGCAAUUCGGCUUCACAGACGAAAACAUCGAUGAAAUUAAAGAAACUCUGGUGGGAUCCAACCUCUACCUGUUAGUGCUGACUGCUUUCAUCACAGCUUUGCAACUGAUCUGUGAGUUUCUGGCUCUUAAAAAUGACAUCAGCUCAUGGAGGAAAAAGAAAAGCAUGGCGGGGAUAUCGAGGAAGACAGUUCUGUGGCGUAGUCUCGGUACUUUGCUGAUUUUCCUCUAUCUUCUGGAGGAGACCAGCCUGCUGGUGCUCCUUCCUGUCGGACUGGGAGCGUGUGUGGAGGUGUGGAAGGUGUUUACAGUAUUUAAGAUCCAGAUACAGUGCAAAGGCAACAAGCUUCAUGUUAAUAAACUGGAUGAAGAGGAGAGAAAGACAGUGGAGUACGACACACAGGCGUCCAGAUACUUGUCCUACUUGGUGUAUCCCCUGUGCAUCAGUGGAGCCGUUUUCUCUCUGGCCUACUUACGCCAAAAGAGUUACUAUUCCUGGCUGAUCAGCACUCUGGUGACUGGAGUGUACGCCUUUGGCUUCCUGUCUAUGGCCCCUCAGCUCUACAUUAACCACAAGCUGAAGUCUGUGAGUCACCUGCAGGGGACAGUGUUGAUGUACAGGGGAGUCAACACGCUGAUUUCAGAUCUGUGCUCCUGUGCCUGCUUUUUUUCCUCCUCUGGAUCCUUCUCUUCCUCGCAUCAACUUUCCUGCUUCAGAGAUGAGCUUCUCUUCUUUCUCUACCUCUACCAGCGAAGCCGUUUCGCCUCCAAACCCAGAAAACGAGAGCCCGUCCCUCACACCAAGAAAGUGAAGACUCAGUGAGGAGAGGACAAGCUCAUCUUUUCAGAACUCAAAAGAUCAGCU